CUGGCAGCUGUGGCUGUGGCCUUGCUCCGGGGGCUGCCGCGGAGCUGCCGCGGGGUUCCCGGAUAGGGGCGCGGGUUGCCCGAUGUGCGUGAGGAGGUGCCUGGUGGGCCUUACCUUUUGUACCUGCUACCUGGCGUCUUACCUCACGAACAAGAAUGAAAAUAUCAGGGAAAAGUGGGAAGGAGCCUGUUGACCUAUGUGAAUAAACAGACUUCGGAGAAGAAGAAGUAUGUCCUGUCUGUCUUGAAAUUUACCUACCCUACAUUAUUCCAAGGGUGGCAGACGUUAAUUGGUGGACUUUUGCUUCAUGUGUCAUGGAAACUGGGCUGGGCUGAGAUCAACAGCAGUUCAAGAACAUCAUGCCUCAUCUGAAAUGAUGCACAAAAUGAAGAGCAAAUGAAGUCAAAGUUUAUGUGGACAAGGCAGACAGCUCUACUGAAUGAUCAGGCCAGAUCUGAUGUUUCGACGUGGCUUCCUGCUUCGGUGCUGUAUGUGGGCAUAAUCUAUGCCGGUUCCAGAGCAUUAUCCAAACUGGCCAUUCCUGUGUUUCUUACUUUGCAUAAUGUAGCUGAAGUUAUCAUCUGUGGGCACCAGAAGUGUUUUCGGAAAGAGAAAACUUCUCCUGCAAAGAUCUGUAGUGCCCUCUUCCUCCUGGCUGCUGCAGGAUGCCUCCCCUUCAAUGACUCCCAGUUUGAUCCAGAUGGAUAUUUCUGGGCUGUAAUUCACUUAUUCUGUGUAGGGGCUUAUAAGAUAUUGCAGAAGUCCUGGAGACCCAAUGCGUUAAGUGACAUUGACCAGCAGUACUUAAACUACAUGUUCAGUGUGGUGCUCCUGGCAGUUGCAUCUCAUCCGACAGGUGAUCUCUUCAGUGUCCCGGACUUUCCGUUCCUGUAUUUCUACAGGUUCCAUGGAAGCUGCUGUGCCAGUGGAAUUUUAGGAUUCCUUCUCAUGCUCAGCACAGUGAAGCUAAAAAGCCUUAUGGCCCCAGGGCAGUGUGCGGCCUGGAUUUUCUUUGCUAAGGUCCUCACAGCUGGCUUGUCCAUAUUGCUGUUUGAUAUGAUCCUGACGAGUGCAACAGUGGGAUGCCUCCUGCUUGGCGGACUCGGAGAGGCCUUGCUGGUUUUCUCGGAGCAGAAGGGCUCGUAAGGACAGGAAAAAUAGACUCACAGGCUGCUGGCUGGAAUGCACGGCCCCUGGGCCUCAGAGGUCCCGCUCAAAUGUGUUAGAAGGAAGAAAACAGGGACAACAAGGCCACCACUUCUCACUGCAUCAAGGAGAAGUCUCUGGGCUGUUGGAGAGAAUUGACUGUGUUGCGUCUUCCUGCUCCGAGAGGCUCACUCAAGCCUUGCUGACCGUGCUGGGCCCAGUGGGGCAGACCCAGACCCAGAACCCCCCAUGUGGGGAUGGGUCUGCUCACCUUGACUGAUGUGCAGGCCUCCUUAUUAAACACCCUUCACCAAACAUGACUAUACGGAGGCGGGCUCAAGGAAUUUCGUUGCACUUUGUUUUAUGUGUUUACAUCUUUGGAGACUUUUCUGGGGACACCUUUCCCUUGCUGUCAUGGGCUUGCCUGGAGCCCCCACUCACCCACUUAGGAGCACAGACAGAAUUCCUCAUGGAGGGCUUUCACGGAGGGCAGGGGCAGAGAUGAGGGUCAAAUGGGAGUUCUGAGUCAAGUAAGACAUCAGCAAGGAUGCUGUUACUCCAGAGAGAGUGCUAAAGCCUUUUUGGGGUUGUGUGUUGUGUUGAAUUCUAUACACUCUUGUUGUCCACUGUGAGACUAACUUGCUCCUAAAUGAUCACCAGAGGGAAUAGGGUUUAUAACUGUUGAUGGAUGUGCUCCCUGGCCAGUGACACAAACAUAGAACAUACGUAUACACAAAAGCACACGCAUUUAUAUUCACAUCCCUUAAAGCUUUUGAUCCAUUGAAUUCCCUGAUGGCUCAGAGGAGAUUUCACUCAUAUCAUUGAACACUGAAGUAUAUUUUUCGGGCCAGAUUAAAAAUUUGAUUAAGACUCUAAAUCUUCCUCUGUGGGAGUCCAAAGAAAUGAACAUGCAUGAAAUGGUACUUGCUUCUGAACUCACAGUGAAGGUUUAAGAAAAUAAUGUCUGACUUCAAAUAUUUCUGCUCAUGACAGGUUUUGAAUGCCUGACUGCUCUGCCAGGUGUCGGGUCUGGUCAUGUUGAGAUGUAGAAGGUAGUGAAGUCCCAGUGAGCCCUCCCCGGGCAGGAAGCCAGGCUGGCACUGGUGGUCAUGCGUGCCAUUCAUGGAGAACCAUCUUCGUCGUCUGGGAAAUAAGCCUGUCCAUGGAGAAUAAGGUCAGCUUAGUCAGGGGCCAUUCUUCCAACUUGUUGAAAAAAUACACAGAAGAUGAAACAAAUAGGAAUGGAUUCGUAUAUUUGGAACUUGAGUACCUUAAAUUCAUUCCCUUGUCUUUUCCUGGUCUCUGUGUGUCAUUUAAGGUAAGGAUGUUCAGAGUGAUGUUUACACAGAUACAGUUUUGGUUUUUUUUUAAUGUUUAUUUAUUUUGAGAGUGAGAGAGAGCGUGCACAGCUGGGGACAGACAGAGAGAGAGCGCGAGACAGAGAAUCCCAAGCAGGCUCUGCACUGCCAGCCCAAAGCCUGACUCGGGGCUCAGUCCCACAACCAUGAGAUCACGAUAUGAGCGGAAAUCAAAGAGUUGGAAGCUUAACCAACUGGGCCACCCAGGUUCCCCUACACACAUAUAGUUUCAGUUUGCUGUAUGUCCUUCAUCUAUAUAAAUUUUACAGAGGCUGAGGAUCAAAUAGAAAACCAGGUUUAGAAUUGCCCUUGUCCUUUUGCUCCCACAAAACUCUUUCUGUACAACUGAGAGAGUUCUCCUUUUGUGGAAAGUGGCAUUUGUCCAAAUGUCAUCUGAAGCCUGUCUUUCCAAGUGCCAUUCAAGCACAUGGAGGUUCCUAAGUCAGGAAAGAACCAUGCACGGGUAAUGGGCCCAUCUCCUGUUCCUAGAAGACCUGUUCUUUAAAGAAUCUCUACUAAGGACUUUUUUAUUUUUGUUUGUUUGAAUUUUUUUAAUGGCAUUCCAGAGUCCCAUUGUUUUUAUUUUUUAAUUUCUUAAUUUGAGUAGAGUUGAUACACAUGUUAGUUUUAGGUGUACAACUUAGUGAUUUGACAAGUUUACACAUUAUGCUAUGCUCACCACGAGUGGACCAUCUGUCCUAUUACAUCGCUAUUAGGAUAUUAUUGACUAUGUUCCUUAUUCUGUGCUUUUUAUUCCCAUGCCUUACUCAUUCCAUAAUCCAAAGCCUGUACCUCCCUCUCCCCUUCAGCUGUUAUGCUCCCCCUGACCCCCCAAUCCCUUUGGCAACUCAUCUGUUUCUUCUCUGUUUUUAUAGUUCUGAUUCUCCUUUUUGUUUUUUUAUUCAUUUUUAAAAAUUCUAAGUGAAGUCAUAUGGUAUUUGUCUUUCUCAGUCUGAUUUAUGCCACUUAGCACAAUACCUUUUAGGUCCAUCCAUGUUGUUUCAUGUGGCUUGAUCUCGUCCUUUUUUAUGGCUGUGUAAUACUCCACUGUGUAUAUAUACCACAUAAUAUGCCACAUAAGUCUGUCAGUGGACAUUGAGGUUGCUUCCAUAUCUCGGCUAUUGUAAAUAAUGCUGCAAUAAACAUAGGGUACAUA